AUGUUUAUAUUGACAAUACUCAUUAUUGCUAAUUUUGCUGAACAAAAAGAUGAACGAGAAGUGGAGGGAUUGGUGAAUUCUGCCGUCGGUGAUCAGUUGGAGCCACAACUUGCUGAACGUAUGGAGGAUGAAUCGGAUGAAUACUCUUCUUUUACGCAAUAUCGAGUAAAAAGAGCUCGCGGUGGAGCGAAAAAUAGAGGUGGCAGUAGUGAACACGAAAAACAUGAAAAGGGACAAACGCGAAAAAGCAACGAUAAGAAGGGAGGUGAAAAAGGUGACGCACGACGUCCAUAUCGAAAAUAG